GACUCUGUAACUGUAUGGGCCGACUGUUCCCUUUUAUCGUCCAUCUAUCUCUCUCAAUGCUAGCCAACCAUUUUGUUCUCCACCUUAUCCACUUUCAUCCCAAUACAAAUGGUGGCCCUUUGCUUCCUCCACUGCUGUUUGCAAGUUCUACAAUUCAACACAGUUUUUGGUAUUGUGCACUCCUCAGACAUGGCAACAACUGCAGCUGCUUUCACCCCUGCAAGAGUCACUGGCGCAAUGGUGAGUUUCAAUAGCAAGACCCAGAAGAGAAGGGACAAGGUGGUGUACGUAAGAGGAUUGAAUUCCUAUGGGGGUCUCAAAGCCCACAACAGUGUGGUCUAUUUAGGCAUGCCAGUCUGCACUGAGCGGUGCUUUGCAAGUGUGGUUAGUUCAAUGAAAGCUUCAUCAAAUGGGAAAGGAAGAGGUGGUGGUGCACUCUCCUCUAAGUGCAGUAAAGUAGGAGAGAUAUUUGAAAUUGCUGCCAUUAUGAAUGUCCUUGUUUUGAUUGGAGUGGCUGUUGGAUUUGUACUUCUCCGAAUUGAAGCAUUUUUUGAAGAAUCUGAGUGAGCCUUUUUGUUUAAAGCUAAGCAAGUACCUAAUGGCUAGACCAUUGUUGUUUCAUAAGUCUUUUCAUUUAAUGUAGAACUAAAUACUUUGGGAUGCAUAACCAAUGGUCUUCUUGUAUAAUUUGUACUAGAAGAUAAUAAAUUUCAUCCUUCAUUAAAAAGCAUUGCUACUUCAUAGCUAA